CCCUCCACGCUUCUCCUCCCCCCAUCCUCUCCCGCCUUCAUCCAUCCUCGCUCAUUGCUUCUGUUCCACCUCUACUGCAUCCUCCAUUUCACCAUCUCUUGCUCUCUCUCUCUCUCUCCCCUUCUCUGGCCCUCUUUUGCUUUCUCUCAGCUAUUGGGCCAUCUGAAACUGCUUCUUAAUUAAAAAUGGAAUACGAGGGCCGAUAUCAACAAGCUCAGAGACCUAAAUAUGACUGCCUUCUCUUUGACCUGGAUGAUACCCUUUAUCCCCUGAGUUCUGGUUUGGCAAUGGAAUGCCGCAAGAACAUUGAAGAUUAUAUGGUUCAAAAGCUUGGCAUAGAGCAGAGCAAAAUCCCUGAUAUGUGUAAUCUGUUGUACAAGAACUAUGGAACAACAAUGGCAGGUCUCAGGGCCAUCGGAUAUGACUUUGAUUAUGAUGAUUACCACGGUUUUGUUCAUGGAAGAUUACCAUAUGAAAAUCUAAAACCAGACCCUGUUCUAAGGAAUCUCUUGCUAAGUCUACCUAUUCGGAAAGUUAUAUUCACAAACGCAGAUAGGAUCCACGCUGCCAAAGUUCUUAGAAAACUUGGAUUGGAGGACUGUUUUGAAGGGAUUAUUUGCUUUGAGACCCUGAAUCCAACACACAAGCACUCAGUUUCUGACGAUGAGGAUGCGUCUGAGUUCGGAGAUUCAAAACCAACUACCACUGCCUGCACUGAAUACUUUGACAUUAUUGGUCACUUUUCUCAGGCUCAUGCUGGAUCAGAACUGCCAAAGACACCAAUUGUCUGCAAGCCAUCUGAAAGUGCCAUUGAAAGAGCACUGAAGAUAGCCAACAUCAAUCCCCAAAGAACGAUGUUCUUUGAAGAUAGUGUCCGUAACAUACAAUCAGGAAAACGUGUGGGUCUUCAUACUGUGCUGGUGGGAACUUCUCAUAGAACCAAAGGUGCAGAUUUUGCAUUAGAGAGCAUUCACAACAUCAGGGAAGCCUUGCCGGAACUCUGGGAAGCCGAAGAGAAGUCGGAGAAGGUCAGGUAUUCCGGCAAGGUUGCGAUAGAGACAUCCGUGACAGCGUAGGUGAUGGCAUAAAAAAUAAUAUAUAUGUAGAAAGAAAAUAUGUGUUUGGCUCUGUGUCUAGUUUCGUUAUGUCCUGUGAAGUUGAUGCUGUAAAUCUGUAAUACUGUAAGAUAGGUCAUGAUCAUUUAAUAAAAAAAAACUCCUAUUUCCACCUUUUUUAGGUUUA